UUUCCAGGUGCCUCCCAGUCUGACCCUACAGAUGAGAUGGCCAGCCGUCCGCCAGGCUAACGUCAUCUACCAGAUCCUAGAGGACAACUACUGGUGCAAGCUCAACCUGGUCACGUGCUACCCCUCCCCUGGGAACAAGUUCUUGAGAACGUUGAUUGGUCUGAUGAGAAAGGGCGACCUGCCAAUCAACUCUCUCAUCAAGGUGGACUCGCCGUGGGGGGAGAGUGUUGGGAGGAGACUGGCAGAGCUGGACGGGAACUCAGACCCACAUGUUGUAGUUCUGGACUGUGGACCGUCAGAUGGUCAGCACAUACUGCUCGUGGCGAGUCAGCUGGGGUUAACGCGGUCCCAGUUCGUGUGGAUCGCCACCGAGGCCUUUCUGACCAAGGACACGCUGAGUCAGGACACUACGCAACUUCCGGUGGGGCUUGUCGGGAUACGCAGCGCAGAGUUCAACCCGGUAGACAGGAUCCAUGAUGCUCUGCUCCUGACGACGAAAGCGCUGUUGAACAUGCAGGAAGAUGGGUACGAUAUCGGGCAGACAGAGGGGGACUGCUGGAGCGAGGAUCUCACCCCAUGGAUACAACAGGGACAGACUCUGUAUAGGUAUAUGAUCAACACUACAGUACGUGGCAAGACGGGCAGAAUAUCGUUUGACAAGUACGGUCGCCUAGCAACGUCCACGUACGACAUCUGGACCGUGCGGCUGACGUCCAGUGAAGAGAGAAAAUGGGUUCAUGUAGGUACUUCACUUGAUGACAAGCUGAGGUGGAACUCUCCAUUGUGGGUGCGAAACACGAACGCUUCACUGACAGUCCUGAGAGUCGUGACGUUAGAAGAACACCCGUUCAUCUUUACACGGAAACUGGACGAAAAUGACCAGUGUCCGGCCGGGACGAUGUGCACGGUACCGAAGAACAGAGACGAACAUAACGUAACCCUGGAUCCAGCCUCCAUAGAGGUGGAGAAGAAAUGCUGUUACGGCUUGUGCCAUGAUCUCCUGCACAAACUGAGUCAAGACCUGAACUUUCAGUACGAGCUGUACGUGGUCAGGGACGGGAAAUACGGAGGGAUGAAGGACAAUCUUUGGAACGGCAUGGUGGGUGACCUGUUGUACGGCCGGGCAGACAUGGCGGUCGCCUCCUUCACAAUAACGAAGAAACGCAGCGAAGUCAUUGACUUCUCAGCGCCCUACUUCUACACCAACCUCGGCAUUCUCAUCUACAAGAAGGAGGCUCCAACGCCUCUGGCAUCGUUCAUGAAGCCGCUGGAUUGGUCCAUGUGGGUGGGGAUCUUUGUAACCCUGCACCUUGCCGCCAUAUUUGCCACCAUUUACGAGUGGUGCAGUCCGUACGGGUUGACGCCCAAGGCGAGGAACAGGCCCAGGAUUUUCGGCUUCCCCUCGGCACUGAACCUCUGCUGGUCCAUCCUCUUCAGCCACACGGUCGCCACGAAGACUCCCAAGUGCUGGAGCAGCAGGUUUCUGAUAAAUCUAUGGGCAGCCUUCUCCGUCAUCUUCCUGGCCAGCUACACCGCCAACCUGGCGGCCUUCAUGGUGGAUGAGAAAACCAUCAACGAACUGAAUGGGAUAGAUGACCCCAAGUUGAUACGGCCGUCCAAGGGUUUCCGGUUCGGGACGGUCCGCCACAGCAGUCCUGAGGCCUUCAUGCGGGAGUUCUACCCGGCCAUAGAGAUGCACAUGCGCAAGGACGGCAGCAGUAACACUGGCGAGGCGGUCGACAAACUAAAAGCAGGCCAUCUAGACGCCUUCAUCAUGGACCAGGCUAUUCUGGAGUACGAGGCGCUGAUCGACCCGGAGUGUAACCUCAAGGUGGUGGGCAAGCCGUUCUCGCGAGACGUGUACGGGAUCGGGCUGCCCAAGAACUCCUCCCUGACGUCAGAGGUCACGAGGUUAAUCCACCACUACACCAGCACGGGCUACCUGGACCGGCUGUACAGGCAGUGGUACAACAGCGUCCCCUGCAGCGUAGGGAACGAGGGCAUGGAGCAAAAGGAAGCCAUUCAGAAGUUGGAGCUGGAUGUUGGCCACUUCACGGGAGUGUUCGUACUGCUGCUGGCCGGGCUGGGCUGCGGCAUUCUCACUCUCUUCAUGGAGUUCAUCAUCCACAGGUUCCUCGUCCCGCGCCUGCGCACUAACGCCACCACCACGUGGUUAGCCAUCAGUCAGAGGUUCCACCGUGCUCUGAAAACCAAACCGGCCAGACGUGUCAACACAGCGACUUUCCUCAGAAACAUCGGCAUCUCCGGGCUCACGGGCAACCUGGGAAGGCCACCAUCUUCUUUCCGAGAUAGCCGUGCAGAAGAGGAAUUCUAUGACUUUUAUAAGAUUCUCAGCGACACUUCCAAGACGCCACUCAAUAACGUCAAUUUUCAGAAACUCAGUACCAUCGUCACCAAAAUAAACAGCGCCAAACAGUCGAACAUUGCCAUCCAAACCGAUGACGUAGAAGACAUUGUAAACCAUCAACUCAGAGACAUAGACGCCAACAUACAACUGCGCCUGCGCGUCUUCGAACGUGAUCUGCACGACAUGCGUGAGCGUCUUGCGCAGGCGCUGAGAGAAAAGGAGGAGUUACUGCGCAGACUCGCCGUCCUGGAGAACCCCACCGCGCGUGCGCAGAUGGAGACGCCUCUAGUGAACGGCUCGCCGGUCGUGAUCCGGUGUAUCUGCGGCUGCGCGGAGUGUAACGUGUGCAACAGAAAAAUCACGACGUUCGAAAAUGACCAGAAUUUGUUCAAUCAGAACCCUAAAGAACAAACGGCAUGCGACGAGUGACGUCCUGUGGUUCGUCCUUCAAUAAACACCGUAAAUUCCACGACUCUUCCCGAUAUGGGUGUACAUGGAUUCAAUCGAGGGGACAGCCGGGGUGCCUCAGCUAGCCUUGCGACAUUUCUGUCAGUGUCACAUUCUGUGUCACCUUUUGAAUGGGAACAACGCAGCGCGGAUACGGAUGGUGGAUAAUAUUCGUCACAACCAGGAAAGCCUUACUGUUCACAUGGGAUUAUCAUCAACGAUAAGGAACUGUCGUUCUGGGAUUUCUCGCUAGAUGACGCACAUGUCCGUGUAAGAUGACCGCCGCGUUGAACUUCAACUACAAAUACUCUUGAGAUACGAAUGAGUGGACAGUUGAACACAUAGGUAUUGUUCAGCAGCCUAUAUGCCUGGCUACUCGCUCCCCCUAGCGGUAUCUAACGCCUUUGCAGUGCCGUGGUAAGUUGAAGACUUGUGCUCAAGUUUGUCAACCUUCAUUGAUUCUCUAUCUGGAGAUACAGGUAGGUUCCUGUUACUUGUCAAUAAUGUACAUAUGUAUCACAGAGAUUUAAGAAGACUGUAAAUUUCUUGUAUAGACGUAAACAAGACUGCUAACUUCUCGACUUCAAGACGAUCGCCAAAGUUGUCUUUAGCUACAAGCACAACAUACACAGUGGAAAUGAUAACUAGCUGAUGCUAACUGUUUAAACCACUGAUAAGGUAAUUAGUUACCGAUGAAGUAGUAGUUAGCCUUAAUGCUUUGAAGGUUACACAAAUUGUUCUACCAAAACUUGAAGAAAUCUACUCUUGGACACAACUAGACAAUUUAUGAAUGGGACACUAGAUAGUGAAAUCAGCUCUUUUAUUUCGGGCUUCAAUGUCGACCAUUUAAAAGGGCGAAUAUAUCUUACCCUUAAGUUCACGUUCUGUAUUACCAAAGAAGGGUCGAGCUCUACCCUGUGUAAUAAGAAAUGUGUCAUGAUAUAUUCUAUGCCUAUAUCAACUCCAACAUCUUUAAAUCCAGAGACUGUUGGAAACUAUGAUAGAAAAGAAAUACGUGUAUCUAAUGCUAACAACGUGGCAGUAGGGGAUAGUCUGAUACCUGCUCUGUCGAGUAUCAUGCAAUAUUCUUGUAGACAAUAAUCAAAUAAAAAGUAUUUGAUAUGGAUAGAUUUUGGAAAAUGUUCCUGACAAAAUCUGAUUUAUCUCGCUCCACAAUACAUAUCAAUACGCCGGUCUACCGUAGAUAUGUACAUGAGUAUUUUAAGAGUGUACAUGUAUAUGUACAGAAACGUAUAAACUUAUAGAAAGGCAUGGUAUGGUGCACCAUGUUUUAUUUGCUUCCAGAUGACCCUGAGGAAAACUACAUUGUAUAUAAUGUAGACCUUCUAUGCGUAUUCUACAUUAGACAUCACCAAAGGA